AUGUUUUUUUCGUGCGUCAAUGUACUGCUGUUUGCUGGUUUUUUGGUGCUGACACGAAGUCCACUGACGAGAAUGCUGCGGACAGCUGCAAUACUGUGGGUUUUUGCAAAAAAAAAUCUUUUGGAGUUCACACACCUUCCUGCAAAUCUGGUCACUUCGUUCAUUCCAACGUUGAAAUCGGUUGGCAUACAUAUUUUAUGGGCUUACGGUACUGAGCUGUGGCAAAUUGCCAUUGGCAAUGCCACAGCUCAGCACUGGCAUGAUACAUGUACAUGUACAGCCACUGCGCAGCUGAGAGGUGGUGAACAUAUAAGCGACGACAAAGGAAUAGUCAUGGGAGAUGGCCAGCGUGUUGAGCGACUACAGCGACGAUGCGUCGCCCGCUCAUCGCCCUCCGUACAGCCAGGUGAUCCGCGCGUCGAUAUUACUCCGCAGACGUCGCUCCGCGUACGGAAACCUCAUCAUUAA